UCAGUGACACACCUGUACAGGUACAGCUUCAGGAACCAGCUCCAGGUCCCAGAUAUACCUUCAACUGAAGUGAGGAACUAAACACAUCAUCAAACACGUGGUUUGAUUCAGCUGGUUCUCCUGCUGGUUCUCCUUCUGGUUCUCCUGCUGGUUCUCCUUCUGGUUCUCCUGCUUGCUGCGCAGUGAGCAGCCAUGCUGGGAAGAACAAGAACCCUCACUGGACGUUGUAGGUUUGAACUCCAGCAGUGCCGCUCCCUCUCCUCCUCUCUACCUCCAUCUGAGCUCUCCAGACUCCAUUACCCAGCAGGCAGUGGGAGCAGGAAGUACAGGUCUGGGCAGGAGGCGGAACAGAUGAGCUUGGCUCAGAUCAAUCGCAUCUUAAAGGCCAACGAAUACAGCCGCACCUUCCCCAGAGGACCUGCCUCCCAUGGUGUCCUGGGUUUCCAUAGCAACAUGUUGCCAUCCAACCACCCUGGUGAGGAUCGUCGGAGUAGCGCCACCUGCCUGCCGGGCUGUGGUGGCGUGCAGUUUGGUGUGUUUGAUGGCCAUGCAGGGUCGGCGUGCGCUCUCGCCGUCAGCCAGAGGCUCUUUUACUACAUUGCCAUAGCAACGCUGCCACUGAAGACACUGGCGGAGCUCGAACGGGCGGUGGAAGAGGAACGGGCCGUACCACCACUGCUGGAGUGGCACAAACACCCACAAGACCACAGCUGCCCUGAUGGAGGAGCGAUCUCCUUCCAAAGCCUCCGAAACUACUGGCAAGAGAGGCUGGAGGAUAAAGAGGAGGAGGAGGAGGAGGAGGAGGAGGAGGACAGCGCAAAAGUGACAUCAGCACUGGUCAGCGCUUUCCGUCGUCUUGACUACGACCUUUCUGUGGAGGCCCAGGUCCACCUGUCCAUGUCCUCACCAAGACGGAUGUCUCACCCUGGGGAGGCAUUCUCUCUGUCCUCCCCCCUGCGGGCGGCGCUGUCCGGCUGCACGGCCUGCGUCGCUCAUGUAUCCAAUGGGGUCCUGCACGUGGCAAACCUGGGUGACAGCCGGGCCGUCCUUGGCAUCCAGGAGCCGAACGGCCACUGGUCGGCAGUCAGCCUCACCAACGACCACAAUGCGCAGAACCCAGACGAGCUGCAAAGGAUUCUGGGGGAACACCCGUCAUCUGAGCGGAGGACGGUGGUCCGCCAUGACCGCCUGUUGGGUCUCCUGCUACCCUUCAGGGCAUUUGGUGACGUCCGCUUCAAGUGGAGUGCAGAGAUGCUGAGUCGAGUCUACGAAACACGACCAGACAUCCUGUCCGCAGUCAGCGAAGCGGCCCGGGUGCUGCCGCCACACUACCUGACCCCACCCUACCUGAGUGCCCAGCCGGAGGUCACCCGACACCGCAUCAGACCCGUUGACAAGUUCCUUGUCUUAGCCACUGAUGGACUCUGGGAGCUGAUGCACAGACAGACGGUUGUCCGGCUAGUGGGGGAACAACUGACAGGCCUUCAGCAGCAGAGACCCAUAUUUCCCGGCACAGGCGUGACGCUGGGCAGCCUGCAGCGCCUCCUGCUGGAGAGGAGGGGCCGGGUCCUGUCGGUGCUGGAGGACCAGAACGCUGCCACCCACCUGCUCCGCCACGCUCUUGGGGACGAUGGGUACGGAGCGGUGGCGCCAAACCGUCUGUCCAAGAUGCUGAGUCUGCCGCCAGAGCUGGCAAGGAGGUACCGCGAUGACAUCACCAUCACUGUCAUCCAUCUGAACGAGCCUAACCAUUAACGAGUUCACCUGCUCAGGUGAUUUUUUUGACUGUGUUACGUGUUCUGCUGCUCUCUGUAAAAGUAUUUUAAAUAAAUAUGAACUUUUGGUUCAGA